AUGGCAUCUGUUUCAACAAAUGUGGGCAUGCUGCCUACCCGGCUUCGAAAUUUCUUUGCUCGUUACCCACCUCAGAUCUACUCGUCCCUAGUCGUACCUCGUCAACCCGCCCCGGAGGGUGAACCCGUCUCGGCCAACCAAACCCUUCCAUCACCAUAUACCCCUGACCGUGAGGUAAAGGGUACUGUCAAAGAAGAUACUGCCGCCUACUCUGUUUCAAAAUCGAUUUUGCACAACCCAAAAUUCAGGAAUCCCUUCUUGCCGCGAAAGGUCUUUACUACUGGCAAGUGGCAGGGUCCACGAUAUGGACUACGACAGCAGGCAGACCUGGUCAAACUGGCAAAGGAAUACAAUGUCGAGGCCUUACUGCCCCCGGGACCUAAGUCUACUGAAUACAAGGAGGCUCGGUUAGCAGAGCGUGGUCUUCGCAUUAAGGGAACUGGUAUUGGCCAAAAGGUCAAGGGCCACAAGUGGGAGCGUACUAUGGAGGCGAGACUCGAGGACCGUCGCAAGGCUAUGACGGAGAUGCCGGAGUUGAUCAGAUUGUGGAAGCAGAGAGGUCACGGACGUGGAUGGAGACAGUGGCCCAAGCGGUAA